AUGGCUGGCAGACAGACACACUCGAUGACCACUCCUGGAAUAUCCUCUCAGUCCUUCUAUUCUAGGAGAAUCCUGGAGRCCACAAGUGCAGCAAAGAAUAAGGAACACUAUAGAAUAGUCAAGGAAAUUCCCUCCGACUCYUCUGAUGAUGAGCRUAGUGACAGCAGUGAUGAGGAGUGGCUACCAGAGAACACUAGAAAUAUAGGAGAUACGGAUGAUGAAGGAGAUGCAGACAGUCAGRAUGCUGAAAGUCAAGAUGAUGGGGGCCAGGAUGAUGAAGGACAGGUUGCAGAGGGAGGUCAGCAAGAUGAGGGAACUGAGGAAAAUGUCCACAUGGUACCAACUCAGAGAAAUGUUCACAAGGGCCAUGCCCGCACCCAACCCCGCAAAUAUGUCUGGAAAGUCCAAGACAAUAACUUUGAUGGAGACCUGCCACCUUUUCUAGGAGAAAGAAGGGUAAAUGUUGAUGGAAGAGAACCAAUUGAUUUCUUUAGGUAUUUGUUUCCCUUAGAUCUCAUUGAUGAGAUAGUGCAUAACACCAACAUGUAUGCGCUACAGAAAGGGAAAGAAAAUCUGGCAGUGACCAGCGAAGAAAUGCAAAUUUUUCUAGGGAUCAACAUGGUCAUGGGGUACAUUCGGUAUCCUAGGACACGUAUGUACUGGUCCAGUGAGGAUGGCCUCCGUCUUGGAAUAAUUGCAGAUGCUAUGUCUGUAAACAGAUAUGAGCAAAUUCUGAGUUAUCUGCACUUUGUGGAUAACUAUACCUACCAACCAGCAAACACAGACAGGCUCUUCAAAAUAGCACCAGUGCUAAGUACACUUCAGAAAACAUUCCUGGCGGCAGCAAACCCUGAAGAAUUCCAAUCAAUUGAUGAGCAAAUAAUUCCAUUCAAAGGCCAACUGUCAAUCAAGCAAUACAUACCAAAAAAGCCCAAACCCUGGGGAGUGAACGUGUGGGUGAGGGCAGGGUCCUCAGGUUAUAUGUACAGAUUUGAAGUGUACCAGGGCUCAGCAAUUAGGGGUCAGAGCAGUGGUUUGGGAAUGGCUGGAGAUGUAGUGAUGCGCCUUUGUGAUGACAUAAAGCACAAAAACCACAAGGUGUUUUUUGACAACUUCUUCUGCAGCAUUCCACUCCUUGAGGCCUUGAAAGACCUAGGCAUCYAUGGCACAGGUACAUGCAGAGCAAACAGAGUGAAAGGAGUGAGUCAGAAACUUAACAGUGAAAAACAACUGAGAAAAGAAGGUAGAGGAGCCUGCUCUGUUGUCAGCACAAACAGUAACAUCACUGUCACACGUUGGCUUGACAGCUCAGUCAUCCACAUGGCAUCGACCUUUGCAGGUCAGUCCCCUGAAGACACGGCCCAAAGAUGSCUGAAGAAAGAACAAACCAAGAUCAGUGUGCAAAGACCCUACUCGGUGGCCCUUUAUAACCAACACAUGGGUGGGGUGGAUCUUGUUGACCAGUGUGUGGCAAUGUAUCCCCACAGACGUAGAAACAAGCGGUGGUACAUCAGAGUGUUCUUUCAUUUUUCGGAUGUGACUGUUGUAAAUGCCUGGCGACUCCACCUGAUGUCUGGUUUGGAAAAGAUGAAUCUCCUCAUCUUCAAAGCUUCUGUGGCCCGUGCACUGAUAAAUUCUGGCUCCAUUCAGCAAAACAGAAGAGGAAGACCCAGUGGAGCCCCACCUCCAGCAAAGUGCAGAGCAGUGACGAAAGUAUCCAGUGAAGUCAGGUUCAGCGCAGGAAAUCACUGGCCYGAGCUCACCCAAGUCAAAAAUGCAAACAGAUGCCAUGAUGCUGCAUGCACAAGGAAGACCAAAUACAUCUGCAUGCAGUGCCAUGUGGCACUGUGCCCUGGAUGCUUUGCCAAUUUUCAUGUAGCCUAGGAGUUAGGAAAAUUAGUUAGGAGAGAAGUUAGAAGAGAAGUUCUGGAGAUGCAGGUGUUUGAUGAAGAUUGUUCUCUUGGUUUGGACUAAACAGAAGGGCUUU